AUGGCGGUCCCGAAUAAGUUCACGCCAGACCAUGCUAUUGUGGACAAGACAAAUCCUUCGGAGGACAGGCCUGUUCCAGAUGGUUUCGAUAGCGUCCAAGAGGGCGAGCUGCAACGGGUUACCAGAGUGUCUUCUGUUUUGACAGUGUUGGUAUCUGGCCUUGCCCUGUUCAGCGAUGGCUACAAUGCACAGAUCAUAGGGUAUAUGAAUGCGCUGUUUCCGGUACUCUACAAAGGCGCUUUUUCGAGCACCAUCAAAACCCGACUGUCAAAUUCGUACCUCAUCGGCGAAAUCUUCGGCAUGCUGUUCUUCGGAUACACCAUCGACAAGCUCGGACGUCGGACAGGCAUCAUCUUCGCCACACUGUUCCUAGUCCUCGGCAUCGUGAUUGCGACUGCCGCACACGGCACCAGUCAGCUUGGCAUGUUCUGGAUGAUGAUCGUUGGGAGGGGAGUUGCAGGCUUUGGCGCCGGCGGAGAGUAUCCUACGUGUGGCACCGGCAGCGCAGAGGCAGCUGACGAAAGUCAGUAUGUACGCCGCAGACGUGGUAUACUCGUCGCUAUCUCCACGGACUUUUCAAUCGAUCUUGGCUUCGUGAUUGCCGGCAUUGUUGCUUUGAUCGUCCUGGCAGCCUACAACGAGAGAACGUCACCCGGCGUAUGGCGAAUCUGCUUCGGUCUUAGGUUUGUCAUCCCAGUAUCGCUCUUCUUCUUUCGCAUUCGCAUAAUCGACAGUACGCAGUACCGGAAGCAUGCCAUGAAGCAUAAAAUACCAUAUUGGCUUAUCAUCAAGCGCUACUGGCGGCCCAUGCUUGGGACGAGUUUGGCAUGGUUCUUUUACAAUUUUGUCACCUACCCGUUUGGCAUAUUCAGCUCCACGAUCAUUAGUCAGCUGAACCCAAACGACUCCCUUGUUCAAAACGUUGGUUACGGAACGGUAGUCAACUGCUUCUACCUCCCAGGCUGCAUAGUUGGAGGCUUGCUCAUGGACCGCAUUGGCCGGAAGCAGACGAUGACCUUGGGAUUUUUCUGUUGGGCAGCUCUUGGCUUCAUUAUUGGUGGGGCCUUGGCGCCCAUCCAGUCCGUGUUCCCGCUGUUCGUUGUCCUAUAUGGGAUCUUUAACUCUUUCGGAGAGAUGGGUCCAGGCGUCGCCACGUUCCUUUGUGGCGCUGAGAGCUUCCCUACGCCAAUUCGCGGCCACUUUCUGGGCCUUGCAGCGGCUGUGGGCAAAGCUGGUGCCGCGAUUGGGACUGAGGUAUUCACGCCUAUUCAGAACUCCUUCCCGAGUGACUUCAAAGGCGUACAAGCCGUUUUCAUCAUCGGCGCAGCAUUCGCGACUGUUGGCGGCAUCAUUUCCUGGACUCUUAUUCCGAACCGAGAAAAAGAGCUUGACAGCGAAGAUGAGCGAUUCCGCAUGUACUUGGAGUCGAACGGGUACGUUGGCGAUUUCGGUGCGAGCCUAGCCCAGGAGUUGAAGAGCACAACCUACAAGGUUUGA